AUGAGUCUCGAUGUUGUAUACACGAGCAUUCGUGGAUUUCUCAUUGUGUUACCAUGGGCCCUCGAAUUGGUCCUCAUGGACCUCAUCAUCUCUUUUCUCUUACCCGUCAGUUACCUUUUCCCUAACUGGGUAUACAAUGCGUCGUCGUUCGUCGCGUUUACAAACUGGAAUUGGAUACAAGUCAUUUUUGAGGUCUUCAAUGGAGGCAAAAUUACCAUUUCUGGCGACACUCUUCCGGAAGGUGAAACCGCGAUUGUCAUUGCAAAUCAUGUCAGUUGGACCGACUUCUACAUGAUUCAAGCACUUGCUAUCAGAGCUGGCAUGCUUGGAAGGUGUAGAUGGUUUGCCAAGAUCGAAUUGCGAUGGGUUCCAUUACUUGGAUGGGGAAUUUGGGGGAUGGGUAUGCCCAUGGUCAGUAGAAAUUGGCUGAAGGAUAAGAAAGAGUUGGAUCGAGUUUUUGCAGGAGUCGUAGUAAAAAAAUGGCCACAGUGGCUCAUCAGCUUUAGUGAAGCGACACGAUUUACCCCCAAGAAGUACGAAGAAGCAAAAACAUGGUGUAAACAAAAUAAUCGACCUCUCCCCAAGCACCUUCUGUAUCCAAGAACCAAAGGCUUCGUAACAACAGUACAGCAUCUGCGAAAGGCUAAACAUGUCAAAGCCGUUUACGAUAUGACGAUCGCAUAUUCACAUCAUAAUAAAUGGCAUCAAGCACCAACCAUUUGGGAAUCUCUCAGUUGCGGGGACUUAAGCGGAAAACGAGGAUACAAAUUCCAUGUGGAAGUCAAGCGAUUUUUAUUGGAGGACUUGCCAGAGACUGACGAAGGAUUGGCAAAAUGGCUGGAAGCCAGAUGGAUAGAGAAAGGGGAAUAUUUGGAAGAAAAGAGGGAGGAGUGGUCCAGAGCUGGUAAUGGACAUAAGCCAAUCACGGCAUAG